AUGGCAGCUUCAAGUACCGAGAAGCUAGCUGCUUGGAUAGCUCAGCUGAAGCCACAGGACCUGAGACCGCAGGUCAGAGCUGCAGCCGUCAAGUCUUUCAUUAACUAUGUGGGAUGUGCCAUUGGAGGGCAUGGCCACGAAGCCACGCAAAAGGUCUUGAACGCUUACCAUGCGAUACCACAAGCUGCAGGUACCUGCACCGUGCUGGGAAACAAGAUAAAAGUCGAUCCUCUGCAAGCCGCGCUGGUAAAUGCUGUCGCAAGUCACAUCCAUGACUACGACGAUACCCAUUUGAGCACGGUCAUCCACCCAACAACAGCUGUUGCCUCAGCGCUUUUGGCGUACUCAGACGCGACUGACACACCGAUUUCCGGGUCGGACUUCAUUACUGCAUUGGUGGCUGGCAUUGAAGUUCAGUGUCUGCUUGGAAUUGCCGUGUACCCUUCGCACUACCGGCGUGGAUGGCAUAUUACGGCUAGUGUGGGCUCAAUUGGUACAGCAAUAGCGGUGGCGAAAGCCAUGGGUCUGACACAGGAGCAGCUGGUAAACACAAUUGGAAUUGCAUCUACACAAGUGAGUGGCAUGCGAAUCCACUUUGGAUCGCAUGCAAAGCCGCUUGGUGUGGGGUUUGCUGCGCAAUCUGGUUUGCAGAGUGCGUACCUAGCCAAAGGAGGCAUGACGGCCGCACCAAACAGCCUUGAAGGUCCACGAGGGUGGAUCGAAUGUGUCUGUCCGGAUACUGAGUCUGCUUGGGACAAGUUGCCCAAGUAUACCGAAUCGCUGAUUGAUGGUCGUGGUAUAGAUGGAGACGGUGUGACAGAGACGGAAAAGAACACUUUCAAACCGUACCCGUGUGGCAUCGUCAUCCAUCCAGCAAUCGACGGCUGCUCUCAGCUAAAAGCUGAUGGUAUCGGCGCUGACGAAAUCGAGAGCAUAGAACUCUCUGUGCAUGCUCUUGUCCUGGAACUGACUGGUAGGAAGUUUCCUAAGGACGGCCUGCAGGCCAAAUUCAGUGUGUACCAUGGCGCUGCUUGUGGCCUUCUCUUUGGCAAAGCAACUCCAACCGAGUAUACAGAUGAUGCCGUAAGUCAGACUGCUGAUCUGAGAGACAAGACCAUUGCAACCGUGGAUGGUAAGAUCCGGCCAGAUGAAUGCCAUAUCGUGGUGAAGACGAAAUCGGGCACUCAUGAAAAGCACGUUGACCAUGCUAUGGGCAGUUUGAACAACCCAAUGUCGAAUGAGCAAUUCCAGCAGAAGUUCGAUGACCAGGUCACCCCGGUGAUAGGCCAGGACGGCUGCACGAAGCUGUUUUCCUCCAUUGGAAACAUCAUGGGUGCCGCAGAUGUGCGUAAGGUUAUACAGGUCGGAUAG